UGAAUGAGAGAGCCUACUCCCCAGCUGUGCCAAGUGUCAGCUGCACCUCAGCUGAUCGGAAGUGAAAUAGCCUCACUGGAUUGUCAGGCUGCUUCAGUGAGGUAGGAAUGGCUGAUGCCAUAGCAGAUACGAGGAGGCUUUAUUCCAAGCCCCAGAGCAUAAACGAUGCAUAUGGACCUCCAAGUAACUUUCUAGAGAUUGAUGUUGCCAACCCCGAAACGGUCGGCGUCGGUCGAAAUCGGUACACAACAUACGAACUCAGACUGAAGACCAAUCUGCCCAUCUUCCGGGUAAAGGAGUCGCGGGUGAGGAGGAGAUACAGCGACUUUGAGUGGUUGAGAGGAGAGCUAGAGAGAGAGAGCAAGGUGGUGGUCCCACCCCUGCCCGGAAAAGCCCUGUUUCGCCAGCUCCCGUUCCGUGGAGAUGACGGGAUUUUCGACGACUCCUUCAUCGAGGAGCGGCGACAGGGCCUGGAGCAGUUUCUCAACAAAGUUGCGGGUCAUCCUCUUGCCCAGAACGAGCGCUGCCUGCACAUGUUUCUGCAGGAUGAGUCCGUAGACAAGACCUAUACGCCAUCCAAGAUUCGUUCCGCUUGAACAUGCCCCCCAAGUCCCGACAGAUAAGAUUAACGCUCCCCCUUAUUACGGCAGAUCAGGUAAACUUGCCUUCUUCCCAAACUACCCACAAGAGAUCAGACCAUCCAGAAAACGCACUAAGAAAAUCCUAAAAAGUAAGACAAGCCUGAACACACCACACAGAACAGCUCAGUCUGCACCGAAAGACUCCCUGAACCUACAGUGCAUCAGGUAUGCUUGAACAUGCCCAAACUCUCUUGACAAAAAAGAUUCAAUCCAAAACUCACCCCAGAUGAACAAAGAAUGAACGAUUCCAAAUGCACCCUGAAAACUAAAGCAAUCAGGCAGAGAUUUUAAAAUAAAACGUAUUCAAUGUAAUGGAUAACUUUGAGAGUGUACAUUUUCUUGAAGCUUUGCAGGGCCAUGAUUGCAGUAAGAUGUACGUCUUAUUGAGAAUGUGUUCUCAUUUGUAGAAGAGAUAUUGUUGCUUCUAAACUCAAGGGGAGGUUAAACCCAUACAUGUCUUACUGUAUCUACUUAACUACAGACUCGAAACCCUCCGUCAUGCCUGAACAAGCCCUCCCCAAUGAUAACCAGUACCACUCACUUCUCAAUGAAGAGUCACCUACUCAGCGACAAAUCUGAACUGAAACUGAGAACCACAGCUCCUCUCGUCUGUCAUUGAGUUUUAUCUUCUUGAUCAUCUAUUUCCCUCCUGUGUAAUUCAAGCGCCGUCUUUUCUGACCAUGACGCUUAAAUUAGUAUGACCUGAAACCAGGUUUGGGUUCCUAUAGUGAUUCAUGUCAUUACAUUUUUUUUUUUUUGUUUUGUUUUGUCUGUAAACACACUAAUAUUUUAUGUUGUCCGUCUUGUAUUACUGUGAGAAUUAUGCUCUUUGAGAAUUAUGAACUUCCUUGGGAAAAGAGACCAUGUUAACCAAAUAAGAAGAAAACUGAAAAAAUACAGACAUGUUAUUGUAUGCAAUCACCAUGACUGAGUACAACAACCGCACAAACGCACUCACACUGUCCACCAAGCUUCUCCCUUUCAACAGCACACUUUGUAGUACCUUACAAAAUAAAACUUUGACACACUUUGUGGACGGUCCCUUCUCCAAAGUGUGUGUGUGUAUAUGUGUGCACGAGUGUAUGUACGUGUAUAAAAAAAAAAAAAGUCUUUUGAAGCCUGUGUAUGAUUUUGUAAUAGAAGCACACACACGCACGCGCACACACCUUAUGGGAGAGUUGGCAUUUGUAUGGUGCAUUUGUGGAGAUUUGUAUACAGCUCUUACCAUUUUCUUUAUUUUGAAAUUUUUUACAAUAAAACAGGUCAAACACAUGACACAUGUA